UCCCCAGAAUGGACUCGUUCUGGUGAGCAAGGAAACCUCUGGAGGACAUCAAAUAUAACCUUCACACCUACUGCUCCAUUCAAUCUCAUAUUUGAGGGCGUCAUGACAAAUGGUUACCGUGGUGAUAUAUCUAUUGAUGAUGUAUCUCUGACAAGUGGGACAUGUUCAGGGUCAUCUGGGAUGAGCGGAAGGACAUGUGGUUUUGAGGACACUCAUAUCUGUGGAUAUACACAGGACCAUUCUGAUGUGUUUGACUGGACAAGAAAAUCAGGAUCAACAUCAUCUACUGGCACCGGACCAUCCAAUGAUCACACAUAUGGAACCAGUCAAGGCCAUUAUAUGUACAUUGAGGCAUCACUGCCGCGGAAACUAGGCGACACAGCACGACUUAUCUCGCCAUCUUACACUGACAGCCAGGCCAUGUGUGUCCAGUUCUACUACCAUAUGUAUGGCAACAGUGCAGGGGCGCUCAACGUGUACAUACAGACCAAUGGACAGUUGGGAAGAGCUGGUUUUACCAUGUCAAACAAUGGAGGCAAUAACUGGCACCUUGGGGAAAUAACAGUCACAUCUACAACAGCAAGUGCAGGUUACAAGGUUGUCUUUGAGGGAGUACGAGGACAAAAUGCAAGAGGGGACAUCGCUAUUGAUGACAUCAAAUUCAAAACCGGACGCUGUAACAACCCAGGAGAGUGUGACUUUGAGACAGGACUUUGUACCUGGGCCAACACACAGCAAGGAGAUCAGUUUGAUUGGACGAUUCAACAGGGGCAAACAUCGUCUGUGUCCACUGGUCCAAGUACUGACCACACAGUGGGGGACCCAACAGGUCACUACAUGUACAUAGAAACAUCUGCACCGCGCUUGCAAGGGAACAUUGCCUGGCUAGUGAGUGAGACUUUCCCACCAACGUCAGCAUCUGGGCGCUGUAUCUCUUUCUGGUACAACAUGUAUGGCCAGACCAUUGACACACUCACAGUCCUUGUUAGGGCUCAAGGGGUUGCUGAUCAGGCCAUUUGGAGUCUGACUGGUAGCCAAGGACAACAGUGGAUGUUUGCCAACGCCCCGAUGAGCAUGGCCAGUACAAGCUACCAGAUUGUUUUCCAGGGGCGCAGAGGGUCUGCUGUCACUGGUGAUAUCGCCAUCGAUGACAUAUCCUUCACAGAGUCCAGUUGUGGAGUGAGACCAAGCCAGGCCCACCCUAUCAACGGCCCUACAACCCUGCCCACUGCCAGUACAACACCCAGUGUCCAGGGCUCCUUCAACUGCAGCUUUGACACUAGCUUCUGUGGCUGGACCCAGGACCACACUGACAAGUUUGAUUGGACAAGACUACGGGGGCGGACUCAGAGUGUAUCAACAGGCCCCAGCGCUGAUCACACGAGUAAAAGGGGCUAUUAUGUGUACACGGAGGCGUCUACUCCCAGAGUCCGUGGUGACAAAGCCCGACUGAUCAGUCCUGAUGUAACAGUCACUGGUACACAAACCAAGUGUCUCACCUUUUGGUACUUCAUGAUGGGACGGAAUGUGGCCCAGCUCAAUGUCUAUGCCAAGAGUGGUCUCGCACUACCCACUACCCCAGUCUGGAGGCGAAGUGGUAGCCAGGGCAACCAAUGGUUGAAGGCUCAGGUUGACCUUACUGCCAAAUCUGUCUUCAAUGUGGUGUUUGAGAGUAUGAUAGGUGGUGCCUAUGGUGAUAUAGCUGUGGAUGAUGUGGGCAUCUCUGAUGGCAGUUGCACACAAGGCCCUGUUGCAAUGUCAUGUGAUUUUGAGAGCACUACAGUGUGUGGAUUUCAACAAGACCAUACUGACCAAUUUGAUUGGACAAGGGGGAGUGGCUCGACUGGCUCAAGGGGAACUGGACCAAGCAAUGACCACACCUAUGGAACAUCCAGAGGACAUUACAUGUUCACGGAGGCAAGUGGGCGUCAUCCAGGAAACAAGGCCCGCUUAAUCAGCCCCAUCUACAAAGGUCCUAGUACACCCAUGUGUCUCAAGUUCUGGUAUCACAUGUACGGAAGCUCGGGGCAGACUCUCAACAUCUACCGGCUAACCCGUGGGGUUCUUGGCACUCCAAUAUGGUCCAAGUCAGGUUCCCAGGGCAACCCGUGGUUAGUGGCAUCUGUCAGCAUCCCAGUGGCUAGCCAGUCCAACUCACCUUACCAAGUUGUUUUUGAAGGCAUUAUAGGGAGAACCUUUCGCAGUGAUAUUGGUAUUGACGACUUCUCCAUUACAAGUGGGGCUUGUCCUUCAGAAGACGAAAAAUUUUGA